AUGGACUCUACUUCUAAUUCUCAUGAAAUCGUGGCCAACGAGACAACACCUCUGGUAGUACCUGCAAAGAACUCGAAGAAACCUAAAACACCCCUUCCAAAGCUUCAGAUAGGCAUACUUAUAACGCUGCAACUUGCGGAACCCAUCGCUUCGACAUCUAUAUUUCCGUACAUCAAUCAGCUGAUCGGAGAACUUGGAAUCACUGGGGGCGAUGACGCGGCUGUAGGAUAUUAUGCUGGAAUCAUUGAAUCUCUGUUUUUUGUCGCGCAGGCACUGACGGCCAGUGUUGGUAAUUGGACUCUCGGGUGCUUGCAUAUCGAUACUGUGCUUCGGCCUCAACGACAUUCUGGAGUCUUGUCAUUAGGUUUACUUAGCCGCUGCAUGUGCGGUUUUCUAAAUGGCAAUGUGGGAGUUAUGAAGACUAUGAUGGGAGAAUCGACGGACUCCACAAAUAUGGCUCAGGCAUUCGCCUUGAUCCCGAUCGUCUGGUCCAUUGGAGGCUUUAUUGGUCCUUUGAUAGGAGGAACACUUGCACGACCGCAAGAUCAUUGGCCUGCAUUAUUCGCGGGUCCGUUUUGGAGAAAUUAUCCUUACUUUCUCCCCUGUGCAGUGGCAGCCUGUCUGUUCGUCGUGGCCCUUGUUAUGAUGUUAAUGUUCUUAGACGAAACACUAUCGACAAAGCGUCGGCCGAAGUUCACUUCAACUACGGUCAGCGUUUCAAGUAGCCCCGAUAGAGAAUCUCUCGUUAAAAACUCGAUGGCAAACAUGCCCUUGCGAUCUCUCCUUACGCCUUCCGUUGUCAUUCCGAUGGCAAACUACGCCAUGGUCGCCCUCCUCGAUGUUUCCUUCAGAGUUCUUAUGCCACUGUUCUUCUCGACACCUACUUACCUUGGCGGUCUUGGAUUUGAUCCUGCUGUCAUUGGCUCGUGGCUGGCGUUGUUUGGGAUCAUUGAUGGUGCCUUUCAGGGCUUAUUUUUCGCCAGAAUCGUCGAUUGGAUUGGUCCGAAGCGUUUAUUCUGCGUCUCAGUGUCGUGUUACGCACCACUCAUGGCUAUGUUUCCAAUAAUGUCGUGGAUUGUGCGCGCAAGAGGGGAAGUCGAUUAUGCAAUCACGUUUGCCUUGCUUUUCCAUCUAGUUAUGAUAGUCAUAUGGCAUACAACAUAUGGGACUAUUUAUAUGUUCAUCACAGCCUCUGCUCCUACAAACAAUGUCCUUGGCGCUAUCAAUGGCCUCGGCCAAACUUCUGCAGCGGUAGCUCGUGCCAUUGGUCCUGCCUUGGCGACUUCGCUCUUUGCUGUAUCGAAGAGCACAACCUUCUAG